GUCUAUCGGUGAUUGGUCUGUGGUUGAUCUCACAAACGAGCAUAAUCAUUCCAGGUUAACGGUUCGGUUCGGAAAAGUCCACACAAAAAAUCGUGCACCCAACAACAUAAUGGCCACAAAGGAACUGAAGCAGUUGAGCCUGGCGGAAGUGGCCGAUGCUUGUAAGGAUGGCGAUGCUCUGCUGGUGAUUCACGACAAGGUGUACGAUGUAACCAAGUUUCUCACCGAGCAUCCCGGUGGGGAAGAGGUACUUAUAGAGGCCGCCGGGAAGGACGCAACGGCCGACUUUGAUGACGUCGGCCACAGCACCGACGCCAAGGAACAGAUGAAGCAGUACGUCGUCGGGGAACUGAUCGAAGCGGAUCGGAAAAAGAAAGCCUCCAAAGGUUCCGAUUCCUCCUCGACCGCCUCGUCGUCCUCCUGGCUGGGAUCGUUGAAGACGAAAUUUUUCGGUUGACACACACCGGCGCUCCCGCGCGCUGGGCCACCGGAGGAAGUGUCACGCCGAGCGGUAGCUUUAGAUACAUUUUGUGCAACUUGGGCGGUGAUAUUGGAGGGUCCUUAGGUUUUUCCACCAUUUUAUAACGUUAAACGUUUAAGCAGAUUAAAGGCGCACACACAUUUCUCAGCUAACAAACGCUCACUCUUUGGUACGAAUCGAAUAAAAAGUGCUGAGGCGGCGGAUCGGCUUCUCUCUUUUUCAACUCUGCGCGUGUCUUCAUUAUUUCUGUAGCGAUAAGCGUUUGGCGGCCAAUGCCUUCGGCGCCUCGCAAAGCCAGUGCCGCAGGACCGCAAUUGUCUUCCCG